GCAUCUGAGAUGGAAGAAGCAUCAAGCUAGCAGUCGAUCGAUCAAUGGCAGGUGGAGCGUGGUUGCAGUUGCAGGUGGCGCUCCUCCUCCUGGUGGCUCUCAUCUUCUCAACCUUGUCGCCAUCGGAAGCAGAAGCAGAAGCAGCUGCGGCUACUUCUACUAAUUUGCGGCGUCGGCAGGAGGUGCAGAGCCUCCUCAGGCGCCUCAACAAGCCUCCUCUCGCAACCAUUCAGAGCCCAGAUGGAGAUAUCAUAGACUGUGUGCAUAUCUCCAAACAGCCUGCGUUCGAUCAUCCUCUCCUCAAGAACCACACAAUCCAGAUGCGGCCUUCUAUCCAGCCAAGUGGCAUGUAUGGUGAAGCGGCACGUCCAUUCACCCAAACAUGGAAUCAAAAUGGCGAAAAGUGUCCCGACAACACCGUACCAAUCCGAAGGACCAAGGAGGAGGAUGUCAUGAGGGCCACCUCUGUUGCAACGUUUGGCAAGAAGACGCACGGGAGCCAUCACCCUCGCUUGGCUGGUGUCACAGAUGGCCACCACUAUGGUGUAGCAUCUGCAACUGGGGAUGCUAACUACUACGGAACCAAAGCGACAAUCAAUUUGUGGCAACCAACGAUUGCAACAUCUGGUGAUUUCAGUCUGGCCCAGCUAUGGAUCUCAGCGGGCUCCUAUCAAAACAAGGACCUUAAUACCAUUGAAGCAGGAUGGCAGGUGUACCCAGCUCUCUAUAGGGAUGAAAAAACUAGAUUCUUCAUCUAUUGGACUCGUGAUGCAUAUGACCAAACGGGAUGUUACAAUCUAGCGUGCUCAGGGUUCAUCCAGACAAACACGGUCAUCGGUGGCAGCACAUCCCCUGUCUCCAUCUAUGGUGGCCCACAAUAUGAGUACGAUUAUUUAGUUUGGAAGGACCUAGCGGGUGGUAAUUGGUGGUUGCAAGUGCAAGGCAAAUAUGUGGGUUACUGGCCAUCGUCCAUCUUCACCCACUUGCAGACAGGCGUUGCUGACACUGUGGAAUGGGGCGGGGAGGUGAAUUCGCCUCGAAGUACCACACCCAUGGGCAGUGGACAUUUCCCUAAAGAAGGAUUCGGCAAGGCCACCUACAGCAAAGCAAUCCAAGUUGUUGAUUCCUCCAACAAACUUAAAUCACCAAAUGGUGUGAGCUUGAUAGCUCCGCUACCCAAUUACUAUAACGUCAUGACUGGUUCCUCUAGUACCACAAGCUGGGGCACUUACAUCUACUAUGGCGGAUCUGGAUGCCCUUGAAACUCUGAAAUUGAAGUGAUAUAUAGAGAGAGAUCGAGCUCCCCAUCAAACUACAUUCAUCUCCUUAAUAAUUUAUGUGUACUACUACACGAUCAACAUGCAUGUCGCUCUCGUUUAUGCAUUAUGCAUUACUAGUGUAAUAAAGUAUUGCUAGCUAGGGUCUAUACUAGCUGAUAGUACAUGCAUGUCACAUUUCAAGCGAUUACUAGUACCUAUGUAUACAUUUGCAUCCAUUGGUAAGAGGUUUGAACUAAGCUAGCAUUACAAGUUGGCAAUAAAUGUAGAGAGAAUAUAUUCUAUACCACUGAGUUUGUUUAAGUUCAACGAUUUACCAUUGA